UUAAAACCCUAAACAAGAAUCCCCUUCCCUUGAAAAUUAAUUCACUUCUCAACAAUUAAUCUUCCAUUUCAUUCCAAUCCUCUUCCCAAUUUCUCUCAGAAAUCGAAAAAUCCCCAACUUUCCCACCUUUUCUGUCAAAAUCCUGUCACUUUAACUGUUUCAUUCUUCAAAAAUGUGUGGAGGUGCUAUAAUCUCCGGCUUCAUUCCACCGACUCGCUCCCGGCGAGUCACCGGCGAACACCUUUGGCCUAAUCUCAAGAAACCUGGGUUUGGAAAUCAAUUGUCGAACCCGGUCAAGUCUGAUAUUAUUGACAUUGAUGAUGAUUUCGAGACUGAUUUCCAGCAUUUCAAGGACGAUUCCGAUUUGGAAUUUGAUGUGGAGGAGCUCAUCGAUAUCAAACCCCUUGCCUUCUCUGCUGCUGGAAACCCUCCCCUUCCUUCUGCUCGUGCUUCAAAAUCUGUAGAAUUCUCUGGACAAGCUGAAAAAUCUGCAAAACGAAAGCGAAAGAAUCAAUAUAGGGGAAUCCGACAGCGACCAUGGGGUAAAUGGGCAGCAGAAAUUCGUGACCCACGGAAAGGAGUUCGUGUGUGGCUGGGCACUUUUAAUACUGCUGAAGAAGCUGCUCGAGCAUAUGAUGCUGAAGCACGACGAAUUCGUGGAAAGAAAGCGAAGGUCAAUUUUCCUGACGAAGUGCCACGAACUAGUGGAAAACGUUCAGCAAAGACAAACCUCCAGGAACCACUUCCCAAAACUAGAUUGGCAAAGACCCAACCAGAUCUAAUCCAGAACGAUAAGUUUGUGAAUAACUCUUGUGAAGAAUACUAUAGUACCGUGGGUUUCCUGGAGGAAAAACCGCUUACAAAUCAACUUGUCAACAUGAGUUCAUUCUCUACCAAUGGAGAUGGUGCAAUAAAAACCAGUCCAGCUUCUUCUGAUGUUGCACCCAUGUUCUUUAAUUCAGAUCAAGGUAGCAAUUCCUUUGAUUACUCUGACUUUGGUUGGGGAGAGCAGGGUGCAAAGACUCCCGAAAUCUCGUCUUUUCUUUCAGCUGCCAUGGAAAGUGAAGAUUCACACUUUGUGGAGGAUGGUUCUCCAAGCAAGAAAGUCAAGUAUAGCCCAGAGAAUACGGUGGUUUCUCAAGGCUCUGAAAAGACUUUAUCUGAGGAGUUGUCUUCUUUUGAGUCAGAGAUGAAAUACUUCCAGAUGCCAUAUCUCGACAGCAGCUGGGAUGCAUCAAUGGAUGCCUUCCUUGCAGGAGAGACAGGGAACCAGGAUGGUGGGAACUCAGUCGACCUUUGGACCUUUGACGAUCUUGCAGGAAUGGUCGGCAGUGUCUUCUAAGCAAAUCUUGUCCAGCUUGUUGCUAGGUUAUGUAAAUAAAAGCUACAUAUUAGUGAGUUUGACAUCUUUAUCAGUUCCUCCCCAAGUUUUUCCUGAUUUUUCAAAAAUGUAUACUCCUUCCCUUCAGGAUCGUAUCCUUUGUUUUCUUUAAAAACUUGAAAAUCUCACAUAAACUUAUUGCAGGAACAUUUGUGAUCUGUUAUGGGAAUGGACGUGAGAGAGAUCUGCCUGCAUUAGGAAUGGCCUAACAAACAUAGCUAUUGGUGUGUAUGUUGAAUGUGAGGACACUUAGUGUACUACUUGGUAGGCUUCAUUUCAUGUUUCGAAGACCAUAAUAUGGGAAACUCAAAACUAAUAUAAUGCUUGUACUGAUAAAAACUACGUGUGGUUGGUUUGCUAUGGACGUUGAAAAACUUGAUGAAUCUCAUUUCUGCCUUCUGUGUUUGUAUAAGUGAUGGAUGGAUGGUCGGAUGGUUGUGUCAUUCUUUUCUUUUUCAUAUUACUUCCAUAUUUUCAUAAUUCGUAAACUGAACCGAAAGUUGGGUUUGGUUAUCAUUUUGUACUCGGCAAAUACGCAAUGAAAAUGUUUGUUUGGGUUGCCUAAUGAAA